AUGGUCGGUGUCCCGCGCAGCACAGGUUGCCAGCUCUGCCGGGUGAGAAAGGUCAAGUGUGACGAGGCAAGGCCGGCAUGUGGCAAUUGUAUCAAGUAUGGCGCUCAGUGUCCAGGUUACGAUCGCAGCCGCAAGUUCGUCGUGGGAAAACACCAGAUUCGUCAACGAGGCAAGCGAGCAGACAAUGUCGUCAAGCCUGCCUCUUGUGCAGCCGACUCUAACACGAGCCUGUCUCGUAGACCGGGGCCUCUGGUUCAUGCUCCCCUGACCUUGGCUCGGUCGCUGCAGCUUCCCAGGGCCCAGGUCCUCUACAACAUGAUACAGUCGUCUUAUAUGAUAUCUGCUGCCACAGACAUAUACAGCGUCCUGUCGUGGGUAGCGGUUGACCGCCUGGGCAAGCGAGCCCUACUCGAUGGCGCUGUCUGUUCCUUUGCUCUACAUCUAGCUGGAAAGCAAACCUCGGACCCUGAACUGAUUGCUCAGAGCCGGUCGAUAUAUGUCCUCACACUCAACGAGCUGCAGGCGGCUCUACGACAUCCCUCAGAAUGGAGCGCACCCGAAACCCUGUGCUCUGCGAUACUGCUAUGCUUCUUCGAGCUCUUUGCGGGGACUACUGCUCCCGAUACCUGGCUCCAACAUGCCAAGGGCAUUGGCAUAUUAAUGGAGCAACGAGGGCCAACGGCUCAUGCCGAAGGUUGGGACGCGGCCAUGCUACUCUCGUUUCGUGGGAUUCUUAUAAUGAGUGACAUGUUCUAUCCUGGCAAGGACCAGUUCUUCCUCUUGCGCCCGGCAUGGCACCAGGUCAUGUUCGACCGUGGGAGGCACCUUAUCCACCCGGCCGAGAUCCCAGACGAGACGAUCCGGGUCGCUGACGCCUUCUUCACCAACCUCGUGCAAGUCUCGCCCGUCUUGAAAUGGGGCUAUCUCGUCCGCGAGGCCAACAAGGCUGGCAUCUCGGUCGAGCCCUCCCAGCUCUCCUCUCUGGCCCACCUCGCCGCCGCGAAUCACGCGAGUUUCUCCCAGUGGUACGACGAGUUUGCCGCGCUCCCCAUACCGCAGCCCAUCGAGGCAGCGCCUAUCGAUCCGGUGUCUUCGAUGUAUGAGACGGUCCUGGUGUACGAGCACCAAUCGGCCGGGGCGAUGCAUAUGGGGUACUGGGCGAGCAUGCUCAUCCUGCAGGAGACUCUGGCGCAGUGCGGGAUGCCGGUUCCCAAUUCGGAGGCAUCACAGCGAGAUCUCGUCGAGAAGAUAUUGCGGUCGGUCGAGUCUGUGGGACAAGGCACCAUGGGGCCGUAUCGGGUCGGGUUCUCGAUACGUAUAGCGUAUGAGUUUGCUUCUGCCGAGGAGCAGAGGUGGAUCGGGAGUAUGCUGGAUCAAUUCUCGAGAAGCUAUGCGGCUGUUGAUAGGAAGUCGUAUCCCGCUCCAAAGACGGACACGGAUGGUUAUUCGGUGCGAGGCACGAUUGAGUCGGAGAGUUCAGGGGUGUCUGACUGCUGA